AGAGAUGACGCGAGAGAAAGAGAGGCGGGGCAGAGGCAGACGCAAGCUCCGGCAAGGGGGCGGGGCCAGAGCCGGGCCCCGAGCGUUACGCCUGCGCAGUGCGCGGAGACGGAGACCUUCAGCUUGACAAGGAGGGACGGACUGACGGAGGAGGCGGAGGCGGCGGCGGCGGCCCUUGAGGUGCGCGGCGAGGGAAGGCAGGCGAGGGAAGGCGGCUCGCGGCUGGAGGAGCCCGGCGACGCCCUCGCAACGGCGAGCGGGGCCGCCUGAGGCUUCGGGUGGAGGGCGCGGAGAGGGCCCGGCUUGGCCUGGGGCGCCGAGGGCCUGUGGGGAAGCGCUGCCCCUCGCCGCCGCCGCCGCCGCCGCCGCCCUUCCCGGGCUGCCGAGCGAGGGGCACCUCUGAGGGCGGGCCUCCAGCCCCCGCCCGCCCGCCCGCCGGCCGCCUGAGGGCUGUUGCCAAGGCCGCGCUCGCAGGGGGGAGGGGGCGGCGGCGGCGGCGUCUUGUGUAUUUGGCGGUGUGAAGCGCCCUGCGAUCUUCGGCAUACAAAAUGAGCAGAAUAAAAACCAAUGAAGAAAUUGAGGCAGCAGAACCCAAAGGGAGAAGCUGGCAGGCGGGGCGGGAAGGUUCAAGGGCAGCAUCUGAACAUUUCAGUGUAGUAUGAUAUAUUAUGGCAUCAAAGUAUUUUUCUAAAAAAUUUACUUGCGGAAUAGUUUCAGUUUGAGAUCAAGACUGUCAAGUGUCAAGAUACCGAGGGCACUGCUAAUCGUGCUUUCCAAUGUAUUUCUCAUCGAUAAAAAAAUCGGUGUGGUGCCAGCAAAUUUUUAUUCUGCAAGUGCGUUCCAGAGAAAAAACUUUAAGAGCAAGAGGAAGCCACAGGUUCAAAUCUCUGCUCACUGGAUGGCUUUGGGGAUUCCCACCCCCACCCCCCAUCUCUCUGCAUAGGCUGCUUCACAGGGUUGUUGUCAGGUUAAAGUGUGCAGGCUUGUCUGCCAUCUCAAGCUCUUUAGAGGAAACUCAGAUAGAUAAGCUAGACACCAAAUGGCUCAUUAAACCAAGGUUAUAGCCACCAGAACAGAACAUCUGGUUUCCAUUUUGGGGCAAGACUGUUCUAAAGUCUUUAUUUUGCAAAUGAUGGACUGAUCAUGAUUGAUUAUCAGUUAAACAUCUGGCUAACAGAUGACAACUUUGAGCCAGGUCAGGCUUCCUCAGCCUCAGCCCUCCAGAUAUUUUUUUGAGACUACAUUUCCCAUCAUCCCUGACCACUGGUCUUGCUAGCUAGGGAUCAUGGGAGUUGUAGGCCAAAAAACACCUGGAGGGCCGAGGUUGAGGAAGCCUGAGCUAGGUUAAGAACUUUGAGAGCUUAAAGAAGAAAAGUCACUUUAUCCAGGGAUAGCCCACAUAUAUAUCGGCCUAUUCUAGGGUUGCCAUACGUCCAGAAUUUCGGGGACUACUGUAGUUGGAAGCACUGUCCCCGCGGAAAUCGGCAAAAUGUCUGGGAGAAUCCAGAUGUAUGGUAAGCCAUGUCAGCAGUGUCGUUUUUGCUGAUCUCCCCAAAAAAUAGCUCAAAAGUGGUAUUUUUUGUGUGUCCGGAUUUUCACUUUUUGAAAUACAGCAGCUGUAGCCUAUUCCAACCUGUUUUUCAUAAUGGUAACAGACCAUUCGUAACAUAAGAAUAUUAUUCACAACUGUGAACUAUGGGUUGGGGUAAGUGAAGACAAGCAGCAAUUCACUAUAACAUUGUUCACUGCUCCUUCUCAGGCUGCACAGAAAAAGCAUAUUGGUUCCUGAAAUUCAUUCUGAUUGUGCAGAUAAAAUGUAACUGAUAGAAUUCUGCAAGAUGUGGCAUUAGUGUGUGAAAACAGUUAAGACCCCAAGAUUCCCAGGUAUGCACUUCCAGAUGGUGGUGAUGUCAGGCACCAUCCUGGCAAUGCCCAAGCAGCUUCACUUGGUCACAAGUGGCCAGUAGUCUGGCGCCUGGCUAAUUUUGAACACUGUUUAGAGAACAAGUAGUGAUGGUGGGGUGAUAAAGAUGCAAUUAAUAAUUCCACAUGCAGUUUAUUGACAGGUGAACUAUGGGAAUGUGUGAAAUUGCUUUGUGUGGGAUCGGGUUGUUUUAUCAGUCUAGUUCGGGGUUAGCCAAUGUAGUGGCCUCCGGAUGUUGCUGGACUGAAAGUCCCAUCGGCCCCAGCCAGCAUGGCCCAUAGCAAGGGGUGAUGGGAGCCUGGUGUAGCUCAUCAUGGUCUCCUCUGACUGGUAGCAACUCUCCAGGGCUUAACAUCACCUGCUUCCUGAUCCUCCUUUUUUGUUUAAAUGGAGAUACCAAGAAAUUGAACCUAGGACCUUUGCUGUGCAAAGCACAAGCUAUUAUGUUUUCUUCCUCUUCUUUUGAGCAGUGUUCAAAAUUAGCCAGGCAUCAGGUGCAUUUUGCGAACUGUGCAGGUCCAGUUGUGACCACAUGGAGAUCUUUGAAUGCCAGGUGGCAACUGACAUCUCCAUCUGGCUGGCCCUUCCAGCUUUCUUAAGCAGGUAGGCAGAAUAACUUAGUUAUUGCAUUUAUCUCCCACCUUUUCCUCCAAGGAGUACAUGGUUUCCCCCCACCCCCAAUUAAUCCCUACUAUGACUCUUUGAGGUAAAUUAAGAGACUGUGACUGACUCCAUGUUCACUCAGUGAGCUUCAUGACUGAGUAGGGAUUUGAACCCUGAUCUCCCAGGUCCUAGUUUGGCACUCUAAGCACUACCCCACACUGGCUUCCUAAAGUACUUCUGCUAUGGGGCAGCUCUAUAAAUUAAGUAGGUAAAUAAAUAUGUGGAAAGCAAAAUGUCACUUAGAGAAGAAUCUGAAAUAUUUUCCUUGAGGCUUAAAUUUGUUUUAUUCUGGAUUGUUUUAUUUGAUGUUUUAAUGUGUUGUGUUGUAUAUCAUUUAGGGUUUUUUUUUCUUUAAAAUGUAAAGCAGUAUAGAAAUAAGGAUAGUGCUUAGAUAUUCUGUUGUGGCGACCGUAACCCAGGUUUAAGGUGCCAUUUGGCAAUUAGUUUACAUAUCUGCGUUUCUAACUCUGCUUUUGGGUAACAGCAAAAAGGAAUAUGUGACAAUAAAACCACAGUUAAAGGUGGUUUGUACUUGCAUGGUGUCAGCAGUUGUUAGUAGGCUUAUUGGAAUUCAGUGGCUUGGUUUAAAAAUGUGUUGGCCUUCCUCUGAAAAGCAUAGAUUUUAAAAUCUGCACAGAGAGAGUCUUGAGAUGGUGAUGCUCAUUUGUACAUGCAUGGUAUUUUCUGCUUUGAUCUCUUUCAAAGAGCUCAGGAUAGCUUGUACUGCCCCCUCAUUUGGAGGGGGAUGGUUAUCCAAAGAGCUUUGAGGCUGAGCAAGAAUUUUAAGCAAGGCCUCCACUAUCUAUGUCUGACAGACAUGCUGGUAAGUUAUGGAUGUAAGAGAGAGCAAUGUUUAACUGGACUCAAAAGUAAAUCUUUGCAAGCUUAAGUCCUGGCGAUAACUGAAUUAGAGCAUAUACAGAAUUCCUAUUCAUCCAUCAUUAAAUGGAAGCAUGAGAGUUGUAGAUAGACAUACAACUUUUGUGAAAUCUCCUGAGGUGUCACAUUUGUGAAAAUGUCAGUGGAAUUGCUUGGAAUCUCAGCAAUUGGGCAUUUUAUUUUAAACAAAAAUACUACUAUUUUGAUGCAGAACUAAGGGUGGGAAGUUCCAUACUGAUAAUUCCACAAUAAGUGCUGUGGCCAUAGGGUUUUUUGUGUGUGUCUGUGAUGCCUCCUGAAAUUUGUAGUAACCCCACAAUGAUUGUAUUGGGUGGACAUAGGAGUUGCCCGGCUCUUUUGGCUUCCAGGACUAUUGUAAAUCUGCAGGUGGACUGCAUUCAGUAGCACCUCUCAAUCUUGCUCAAGUGUAUAUAUCUAUUCUUGCAGUCUUGUGUGCCCAGGUUCAUCCACACGUGCUUACCUCUCUUCUUCAUGGUCAUUCUAAUUGUGAUUCCUUGCAGAGCAACUCCAAAGAGGGAGCUGCUGCUGCUGAAAAUGAAAGGGUAGUAUGGUUAAACUCAUGCUGCUUUGGUUUCCUUCUGAAAUGCCAACCUUUUAAAAUGUUAUCUCUAACAAGGAAGUUGGUUUAGAGCUAUAGGAAACGUUUUGAGUGGCAAAGAUAAUAGGAGCAUUGGAUUGGCAGGCAGAUUUGCCAGGAGAGGCCAAUAUUACCUUAUCAUAGUUAUAGAUAUCAAAGUGAAUUUUGUCACUGUCUCAAGGAAGCAAUUUUUUACACCCAGGAUAGACUGGAGAAGUGGUUGGGUGGUUUUGAGUGCUUACUUUAAACCCUGUUGUAUGAGAGCUGUAAACAGGCAGGUCUUAGCUCAGCCUUCAUCAGCCUGUUGCCUGUUAGACAUUUUGGACUACAACUCCCAUCAACUCCAGACAGCAUAGCCAUGCUGGCUGGGGAUGACAGAAGUAGCCUUUGAGCUUCUCAAAGUCGUGCUAUGCAGCCAGGUGAGUAGCCACACACUAAGUAUGCUGGAUAUGUUGGUGCCAGCACUGAACUUGGAAUGAUUUGAUGUCUGAAUGCCUGGCAUUUGACUGCAACUUCUUGAAAAGCUGCACAACAAUUGCAGUUUUGGAAUAUGAAAAUCCAGUCCAUGUUUCAUUCAGUAUGUGGCAUUGGCACAUACAGAAAUGGCUGAGGUGUGAAUCAAUACAGGCUGGCUGGGCACUACACCUGAUGGAUGUUAAGUCUGUACAGACCCUGGCAGGUGGUAGUCCCAAGGAUUGGUUGGAGCACAAAGCCCCCACAUAACUCAGUACUGCUUUCUUGCAAUAACUCUUUUGCCUUCUCUUCUGGUUCAGCUGAAAAUUAACCAAUUGGGGAACCUGUUAGAAAUAGCACAUUAAUUGAAAGCAGAGUGGGCUUCAAUUUGAAAACUUAAAAAACAUAAUCGUGAAUGAAACAAUAUGUUUAUAAAAGCCAAUAAAUUAGUUCUCUGGUUUUCUCUCCACUGAUUUCUUAGUCUCAAAACUGCAACACUGCAGAUCAAUAAUGCUAAAUAUGUUACAAUUUAAUUUCCUUAAAAAUACAAUCUCUUAUUUGAGGCAGGGGGUGGAAGAAGCCAAGAUGUAAAUAAACUUUAUGAUGAUGAUGAUUACUAUUAUUAUGGGCGCUAUUUUCAAUGUUUCUGAAUACAAUUUUAUUGUAUUGUGAAUUUUUUUAAAAAAAAUCUUGGGAAGAACAAAAAGAAAAGAACAAAAUAAUAAUUAUUGCUUCUAAUGCUACCUUUGAAAACUAUUCUGUCUACAACAAUACAAAUUGUUCUUAUCUAAAAUAUUCCUAAAGUGCAAUACUACAAUGUACAUGGAUGGCACACAGUAGGUCAGUAUCUUUCAUUGGGCUGGCUUGGCUUGGUGGUAAAACAUUAUAUUAGGCUGAAAUGAUGGAGGCACAGUACAGAAUUUCACCAGGGUUGGGAAAAAGAAAACUGGUGAUUAGUAGCUUUGUCUUUCUUGGGAGUAUAAAUGUCUUCAGACAUUUUCUUUUUCCUGCCUUGCAUUCAGUUGACAAGGGUUUUUUAUAGGUGCCAAUUAGUAUAGAUCAUAAUUUCUGAAACUGAGGACUGGGGACCACCAUGGGCACUAGCCCACUGGAAGAAGCAAAGAUCACCAGUGUUGAAGCAAUGAUUCUUCAACAUCAGCUUCGUUGGACUGGUCAUGUGCGGAUGCCUGAUGAUUGUCUUCCAAAGCAACUACUCUAUUCCGAACUUAAAAAUGGAAAGUGUAAUGCUGGUGGUCAACAAAAGAAGUUUAAAGACUGUCUCAAGGCAAAUAUAAAAAAAUGUAGUAUAAACACUGACAACUGGGAAACACUGGCCUGCGAGCACUCCAGUUGGAGAACAGCCUUUACCAAAGGUGUCAUGGGCUUUGAAGACACUCAAACUCAGGACAUAAGGGAGAAAUGUGCUAAGAGGAAGGCACGCUUGGCAAACUCUCUCCGUGAUAAACUCCCCCCCCCCCGGAAACCAAUGUCCCCACUGUGAAAGGACGUGUGGAUCCAGAAUUGGCCUCCACAGUCACUUAGGGCCUCAUUGUUAAAACCGUGUUCAUGGAAGACAAUCUUACUCAGCUACGAGUGAUCGCCAAAGAAGAAGAACUAGCCCACUUCCAGAUCAGUGUUAGCACUGCAGUCCACCCCCUCUCACAGGGGACAGAUGCAAGCAGCAGCUCUAAAAGUCAUGAUAAACUGGGAAUAGAGAGGGUAGCUGGUCUAGGAGGAAGUGAAUGUACAAGGAGCAGGGAGGAGGGAUGGAAGAAAUUGCCUGUACUUGGGGGUGGGAAUAGGGCACAAAUUAUAUGUGAAAGCAAAAGGGAGAAGAAAUUGAAGGGGGGUAAAAAAUACUUUGAGAGGCAUAUAGGAAGCAAGCAGACAAACAUAAAAUAAAAAGCCAUCUCCACUUGGAGAGUCCAGAUUAACACAUUCUGCAUAAAAUGGGGAGGCUGAUUUGAAAUACCUCCAGAAUCAAUGUUAAUUGAACUUGAGGAAAGCUUGGAACCAUGAUUUAUUAUUGAAAGAAUUAGACACAGAGAAUGGUCGGGCUUAGGUUGGAUCCAUGCUUUUUAGUGAAUCUACUUUAUAGAAAGAAUUGACUCACCUGAAUGAACUGAAGAGCUGGAUUAGGAAUUGAAUGGCUGAAUUCAGAAUGCACUGCUGCCAGUAAUUACAAGAGCUGACUGCAUACAGAUACUCCCUUUUUCCCCAAGCAGGAGGCUUGGAGCCUCUAUAGCUGGCAGGCGUUUGAUAAUGGUAAUCAUAGGUGUCAUAUUCCCUUUUCCAAGGGAAAGGUUGGUCUGAUGUAUAGUAAGGUAAGGGUCUCUUCAAGUAGACCUGUCGUAUGUGAAUGUUAUGUAUAACUUACGUGUACAUUUGAGAAGCCAGUAGUAAACAGUUUCCCAGUGCACAUGCCCACAUAUCUCCCUGUCCCUAUCCCCCACAUAUUGCACAUACAUGCUUUUCACACCUCUGGACUUAUAUGAAGCGGCUCCUUCCCUUCAGGGGUUAAACCUAGUAGAGUAGUGAUAUUAAUUAAUGUGUAUUUUUUUAAAAGUUUGCCUGUCAUGCUGUCCUUGAAGGUUUGGAAUAAACAUUGUGUUACAGUGAGUAUAAAAGUAGUGGUUGCAGGUAUUAUAAGUGAUAGCUUUGAUCUUUAAUGAUGCAUGCAUUUCCCCCCCCCCCCCCAAUAUUUGACAGGUGUAUAUCAAAGAGCUAGAGGAGAGUCCUGUAGGUUCACGUUGAGAAGUAAAUGAUUUAGGAGCUAAAUUGUGAAAUAAGAAGUCUGCAACCAUGUUCAGCUGUGGUCCUGCUAGACCCCCAGGUAUCUAUACGUAUAUGGAAGUUCAGAUAUUAAAGAAAAUUUUUUAGAACCUUAAUACUAAGAUGAUGUGUUUAAAAGCAAGAGUUAUGUUAUCCAGCAGCACAAAGCUGGCUUGCUGAUAUCCCACAUGUCAGACUUGCAUAGCAGUUCUGCGUUUUGACCACUGCUAUCUUCCUGAAGGUGACAUUGGAGAGGAAUGUGCCAAGAAUAGAUUUCUUCUUCAGCAAAGUUCAGAAGAACUCCUGCUAUGCUUUAGGGGGGAAAUGGAAAUAGAAGCUUGAGAGUAGCAAGAUAGCUAUGCAUAAGUUUCUCUGUACAGCCCAAUAGGUCAACACCUCAUCACUAAAUUUAUUUCCUUAAGACAAGGUUUUCCAGUACAUGGAGUUGGGAAUAAUGCAACGAAACUACUUCCCCAAGUAAUCAAGCAGCAAGUAUCUUUAGUGGAGUUUGGCCUUGCUGUAAAAAGACUUGUCACUUCCCACAAGCCUGGCAAUUUUCUGUGGGUGGCAGUGGGGUGGGGGGAGCCAAUAUGAAUUUUGGAUCAAAGGCUUUUAAGGUUGAUGAGGAAGCUGUUGAUACAAAGGAGCCAUUCUGUUGCUCUUGGAACCAUACACAAGAGAAAGAAGUUGUUGGCUUAGCAGACUGUGCCAUGGAAUAAAUAUGUUAUUGAACUCAAACUAUUAAAUCUUUCUAUCAAAUUUUGGAUUAUUUCUUUGCCCUCGAAAAAAUUCUUGAUAGUUGGAAAGGAAGCUUUAUGAAUAGACUCAUGGUUCUUCAUCAUAUGUGACAUGUAAGGUAGUGGCAAGAAAUUGCUGAGAAUGGUGUUCAUACAUGCUCAUUUAUUUCCAAAUAUGUACUGUUUUUUUUGCUUCUUCCAGACCCCAUGGCUAUCCCACCAUCCUACUGUGACCUGGGGAAAUCUGCCAGGGAUGUAUUCAACAAAGGAUAUGGUAAGCAGGACUAUUGCCACAAAUGCUAGCAUUAUGCAUAUAUUCUCUAAAUAUUUUGGAAAUCUGUUGUUAAAGGUCUUCAGAUGUGUUAAGAAUGGCAUAUUUUUGUUCACAGCUUUGAAGUGUUCUUGCUCCUUCGCUUAGUUUCUCUAUCCUUCUUCACUCUAUCAAUCUCUCAUCCAUCCUUAAAAGUUUUUAUUGGAUUGAUGGCCUUGCUUUCAUCCCUUGAUGUUUUAGUUAAUGCUUGUUUUAUUUAAAUGCUAUAUUUUAUUUAAAGUGUAUAUUCAUUUUCUCCAAAAAUGCAACACAACUAGCUAAAAACUAGCACUAGCAGGAAGGACAGCCCAUCUCUUAAAUUCUCAGAUGAAUCAAUUGGUUUUGAGCUGGUGCCUGCAACACUUGCAUUUCAGUCUUCUGCUUUUGACUCUCCUCAUCUGACUUUGUCCAUAAUCUCUCAAGAUGGAUGAGGGCCUCCAUUCUAUGGUGAUUGCAGAUUUCACAAACUGGCAUGGAACCUCCUAUUGGCUCCCUUUAGGCUUAUUAAAGCGGGCUCUGCGCCACAUAUUGGCUUGCAUAUUCAGCUCUGGGAUUGUCUCUGCAGCAACGCUGCAACUUUAGUGGAAUUUUGAGAAUAUGAAGUGUGGCAUAACAUAGGUGAGCCCCAUAUCAGUUUCCCUGAGUUUAAAGGGGUUUGUUGAUUGUCUUUGAGCUGUUCUUUGGAGGUACUGUACUUAAAAUGCACCCAAAAUGUCCAAAUCUUAGCACAAUUCCAAAAAGUGAACAUGUACUCACAUCCUGUUUAUGGCCUUUCCAUAGGCAUCUGUUUGGCUGCUGUGGUAGUUGAGUGCUAGAUCUGAUCCAACAGGACCCUUCUAAAGAGAUGGGAAGCCAUUAGUUCCCUGAGUCAGAGUUGUUCAGUCAACCAGAUGUUGCCAGUGCCUGCCAAAAUCUGUGGGUCUCUGUCAAGUGAUUCCUAGAAUUUCCAUUAGAGCUAAGCUGGCCUCUCUUUUUAUUGGUGCUCAUCACAAGCACCUUUUAAAGGCAGAUGCACCCAAUUUGUUACUUCUUGGGCUUUGUUUCUCAUUCAUUUAUUGUGGUAUAAAUAAGAAACUAAUGUUUUGGCAAUUUCAGGGUUUGGAAUGGUUAAGCUAGAGUUGAAGACCAAGUCUUCCAGCGGAGUGGUAAGUAAUGAGUACUUUGAAUUAUUGUUGCAACAGGAGAGUUUGUGGAGCACUAAUAUUACCUUUACAGCAUUGGCAGAGUCAAUGUACACACCUAACAUUCUGCUUCUCCUGUAUGUUUUGGGUGUCCUGAAGGUUAUACUUAGGACCCCUCCAUGCAGUAUUAGCUUUAGUGUUUUGAGGCUUGACUCCUGAGUGCUUGACAUCUCAUAGAACAGCUGUUAGUAAACUGUGAAGAAAGGAUUUGGACUGGUGACAAAUGACCUGUCCACUUGUCUGCCAUGUUCAGAAUAGCUGUAGUGGGAGAGGUAAUCAUUUGAAGGAGUUUAGAGCUAGAACUAUGGCUUAAACAAUCUGACUCUGCAAGUGGAAGUGGCAGUAUGGAUACUUGGAUUGGUUCACCUUUACUGACUUAUUAAAGAUGCUAACUUCUAACGUGACUUCUCCCUUUUACAUGCAACACUGAUUUUUGGAUGUUUAUUCAGCUGGUAAGAGAACCACGUAUUUGCUUUCUUGUUAUAUAUCUCUCCUUCAGGUUUGUGUACUUGGACCAUGACCCACUGCCAUUCCUAAUCCAUUCUAAUGGCUAAGUAAAUGUGGUUAAAGGUAAAAGGUUACGCGUCCUGUAAAUGUGGUUAACCAGACACUAAAUGUUGCAUUGUGUACAGCUCCAUACAUCAGUAGCAUUUGCACUUGAACUGUCAAAAGAAUUGGAGACAGCAGUGUGAUCACAGGCAUGCUAUUUUUGAUAGCCUCAAAUUUAGAAGUUAGUAUUUCUGAGUAGUAUCACUUGGUGACUAAAUCUCUGAAGUAGUUGGUGAGGAACUGGUGGCUCAUGGAGAGCUCCCCAUCCAGCCAGUAGCAUCCCUGCUCACCUUGCAGCAGGACUUGAGCUUUUUUAAAAAAGUCCUCUUGGAAUCCUAAACGCUGUGUGUGUGUGUGUGUGUGUGUGUGUGUGUGUGUUUGCUUGGUUGCGUUCGAGUUGCGUUCCGCGGCAACCCGGAAGUAACGGAGUGCGUUACUUCUGGGUUUUGCCACUUGCGCAUGCGCAGGUGCUCAAAAUGACGUCAUGCGCAGAAGCGGCGAAAAGCGGCGUGCGCAGUCGUGCCAUCGCUAGUUACGUUUGCUUCUAGAUGCGAACGGGGCUCCGGAACGGAUCCCGUUUGUAUCUAGAGGUGCUACUGUAUAUGAAAAGAGGGUGGUCCUGGAAGUUGCAGCAGUUUGUAUAUUUAUAAUGACAGGACUUCUUAUGCAUAUCCAUAUUGCUGAAGAUAUGUGAGCAGCAUCUUCUGAAGGCUCUUAAGUGCAGGGAUCAUGGAAAGACUUUUUAGUGUGGUGUGUGGCACUUCAUUGCCCUCCUUGGAGCUCUAUUCCUUCCCAAGGUGUUUGUUGGUUGUCAUGCGCCACCCCUUUGACCAUUAGUAUUCUAGUUCUGCUCAAUUGUUUCAGAAAAUUUAUUUCUGCAAACUGCACAGUACAGGUAACUUGCAUCUUAUGCAGGGGUUACGUUCCUGGCCAUCAUGUGUUUCAACAAAAUCAUGUAAAGCUAGAAGGCCUCUAUGCUGCUGUGGCCUUCCUUUUUGAUCUGUCUGACGUCAUGAAGACCUAUAACUUCACAUGUAUGUGCUGAGCUUUACAGAAAUGUCACGUCAAAAGCAGAAUUUGGGGAUUGGCUCAGAUUAAGUGGAGCUUGGCACUCCAGAUAUAUGGGGGUCUAAGCAACCAUCACAUAUGACAGUUGUAAGAUGAAAAGUAACAUAUGUUGUGUGCACUCUUGCUUUCCCCACUCAGAUCUUGUUGCAGCUGCCAGGAAAAUCCUGGUCUGAUCAUAUGACUGCAAGAUUCUUUCUUUUCUCCCCACUCAGCAAACAAAGAAAGUUAAAUGAAAUGUUUCUCCUCCACUGGCGCCAGCUCAACCUUUUUAAAGAGGAUCUAGGAAUUAUUUUUAACUGGCCGCUACACACACACACACACACACACACACACAAAGUUACCCAAAAUGUCAUAUCCUUCUUAAGCCAGGGAAAAUCUGUGUUGAAGCUGAACCAUGUUUCUGAACUAAAAUUGCCUUCCUGUUUUCUUUUUUCCAAUUGCUUCUCUUCCUCAUUAGCUUGUAAGUUGUGGUCAGGCACUUGUAUGUGUGUGAAAUUGUACAGUAUCUAAGGCAACAUUAGCAUCUAGCACCAAGAAGCUAAUCACUGUACAAAAAUAACCUAAAAAGAUGGGCUGUGCCCACAGACUCAUAACUUUAGAUUAGGCAGUUGGCUAUUUAUAACCCUGAUCAUCAGCUACUUGCCUGAUUCCUGUGGCACAUAAAAAUAAGCUUUAGGUGGCCACAAAAGCUUAUAGGUGUCUGUGUGUGCCUCUUCGGCUCUAAAUAGCCAACAAAGGCAUACUGUAGGCAAGCUGACUAGAAGGGUUUUUUGUUGAAGAGUAACAAAUAUAGCCUGAUAUGCAAGGCUCAUUUUAAAAAUAAGUGGUUUAUAGAUGCUUUUAAAUAAAUAAAUAAACAGUAAUGACCUAGACCAUAGGUUCUCAAAUGGUGGUCUGCAAGCUCCAUUAAGAUGGUCGAUGGAGCAGUUGCAGUAUGAGUCUUUCAACACUAUUGAAGAAAAGAAGUAUUAGCCUCAUGUAACACAACUUCUGUUGCCGUGUAUUAAGAUUCCAAAUGUGUAAUUCUUUUAUGCACACAAACUGAUUACUUAAAAGAAUAUUUGGAAGUAGGGCAGGAUAUUGAUCAGGAAAGAUUGAAACUGUAUUAUCAGAGAGCCCUUCAGUGAACAUUCUGGUGGCUGUGUCUAGCACCCAAUAUAUUGUAAUUUUUUGUACCUUAUGAAGCGUUUGUUGCUAAAUUGUUGGUUCCAGACAUCAGAAAGGAGAAGUUAGAUGUGGUAGGACCAUGAAAUCCAGUGAAUAAAUGUUACAGGGUGAUUAUAAAGCAUAUUGUGCAGGCGGAACUAAAGCUUGCAUGAUUUGCUGGAAUUGCAUAUUCAUUUUAAAACAUGAUUGCAUUGUAAUUCAAAUGUGGUAUGUUUACAGGAAUUUAUCACCACUGGUUCCUCCAACACAGACACAGGCAAAGCCUCAGGCAGCCUAGAGACCAAAUAUAAGUUCAAGGACUAUGGACUUACGUUCACUCAGAAAUGGAACACUGACAACACCUUGGGGACAGAACUGUCCAUGGAGAAUAAGGUAAGAGGAAAUGGAAUCAUGACUUCAGCAUAGCAGGUAAACUAGAAGAAAUUAAGCAAAGGCUUAUGGGAAAAGAAUGAGUUGUGUAAAAUAGCUUUUUCUAUGUUGUGGGGAGUUUUUUAAGUGGGGGUGAGGGAUUCUGAAGUUAGUGGUUGGUAGUAAUGUAAUGUAGAUUAUAUCUGGAGAUAUCUACAGACUAUAUCUACAGAUAGACAACAUUGCUGAAAAGGUCCUCUCACCAUUAAUCAGCCACCUUACCUCUGAAGGUAGGGAAAAUUGGUGUUCUGAAUAUACCUUGACCGUAAAAUGGUGAGGCUGCUUUAUAAUCUAUCAAAAAUUGAUGCCUAGAUGUGCUUUUGUGAGUUCUUGAGUUUCAAUCCAAGAAAUAUAAUUAGUAUGUCAAUGAAUUCACAUAUGCAGAAACAGCAAGUACUUGGGCUGCUAGUUAGGUAUUUGAGACAAAAAGUGUGAGAUCUUUUGAGUUAUAUGUAAUUUGGGAACCUUCCAUUUUAUCACAGGUGGCACUAAAUAAUGAGGUAAUGUAUAAUGGCCUGGUUUUCAAAGACUGUAACAUUUGAAAACUUUUGAUUCUCUAGGAUUUCCAUCAUACAUUUUUUUUCAUUUUUCUGUGCUGCAGACUACCAUAAUUUACAAAGAACAAGAAAUGCUAAGUAGAAGCAGUUAAAGUAGUAAGAAAAUACCACUUAUUAAGUAAUUAUUUUUUAAAGACGAGUACUAUAUUUUUCUUUUUUCACUUCAGCUGGCUGAGGGACUGAAGCUGACCCUUGAAACCAUGUUUGUACCAAACACAGGGUAAGUAUUCAUCCCUCGAGAGGGCUACUUUUAGCCGGGUGCUUUCCUCAUAGGUGAUGGUACCACUUGCAGACUGUUGUACUGGAGCUGCUAGCUCACAUAGGAGGUGCUUUCCUAUUCUUUUGCUUAAGGCUGUCUUUAAAUGAAUGUAUUGAAAUAUUGACAGUGACACUGAAUCAAUUAUGUAACAUCAGGUAGCACGCAGGGGUAAUUCAUGCCCAGUUUUCUGCUAAAUGUAUGGGUUUGUAAGAAAUGCCUACUAGAGGUUAUAGAUGGGAUUAAACUUGAUUCCCUGUUCUUACACCUUCCCAGGAAGAAGAGUGGAAAGUUGAAGACAUCCUAUAAACGGGAGUAUCUAAACCUAGGUUGUAAUGUUGACAUUGACCUCGCUGGACCAACCAUCCAUGGCUGGGCUGUUCUGGGCUAUGAAGGUUGGCUUGCUGGGUAUCAGAUGGCUUUCGACACAGCCAAGUCCAAACUUUCACAGAAUAACUUUGCAUUGGGAUAUAAGGCAGCAGACUUCCAGCUGCACACAAAUGUGUAAGUAUUUCUUUGUGGUCAGGAGGCCAGAAUGUACAGAAACCAGAAAACAUAAUAAAACAAUCAAUAAAAUAUGCAAUAUCAGCUUUCUGCUAAGACAGGCGAUAUGCAUAUAUGAAAGGGAUUAAAUUUGAGGUUGUAUUGAAGGUGACCUUUGCCUUCAGUCUUGAAGGUUGCAAACCAAGUCUUUGCUGACCACCUAUGGUUCUUUCCCAGAAAGAGCACAAUUCUUAGUCCAUAGAUUUCUAGGGCAUUUGCCAGGAUCCAGGAACUCAUUAAAAAGGAAAUGAGUGCACAGUUGAAUUACUUUUGGUUCUCUCACAUUAUGCUAGCACCGGGGCAGUUAAUUUGCAUGGAGCAGGGUAUAUUCCAUCAUGAAGGCACAUGCUGAAGCUAAGGAGAUCGGGAUGGGAAAUGGCUCCUUCCAAUCUCCAUUCACUUGCUCUUGCAUUCAGAGUGCAGUUUAGAAAGGAACAUUUUAGCUUAUAUUUGGUCUUUCUGCUUCAUAUCAGAAAGUGCUUCCCUCUCAACCCAGCUGGGGAAAAAAUAUCAUUUAUAUGCUUGUCAUUAUUUCAGAUCUUUUCCCUAUUCCAGCUGAUAAUUGGUGCAUCUUCAUAUAUUAACCUAAGUCUAACUUUAGCUACAGAACCUCUACUCUAGUAGGGAAAAUGUCAGGACAAGAAGGGAAUAUAUAUGGAUUUAACCAUUUUAUUCAAAAUUGUUGUCAGCCACUCUUAGCCCUAAAAGCAGGGUGGGGUGGGGACGGACUAGAAAAACAGAAAAUCAAUACAAGCUAGAAUAAGGCUGGGGUAGAGGUAAAGAGAAUAAGGGCAAAUAUUUGCAAUUGUUUGAAAAACUUCUAUAAAGGCAAAAUGAAAUCUUCAUUUGCUCACUUAAAAAAUAGGAAUGAUGGCACUGAAUUUGGUGGCUCCAUCUAUCAGAAGGUUAAUAACAACAUUGAAACAUCUGUCAGUCUUGCUUGGACCGCUGGCAGUAAUAACACUCGGUUUGGUAUUGCCACCAAGUACCAGUUGGAUGAUAAAGCUUCUGUCUCGGUAAGAAUUUUGCCAUCUUCCCAGUAUGUUAUACAUGUGUGCUGAUAAUUUCAAGUUAAUUGUAUAGCACUGUCCCAUUUUCCUUGCCUCUUGGCUUUAUGCCUCAGAUGUCUUUGGAGCAGUCUUAACAAUAGCAGAAGUUUUAUGUUAACCUUUUCCUUGUGAUUCUAGCAUGAACCCUAUAUGCAACAAUUUCAGUGAUACGAGUUGUCAAGUGAAAGUUUCAGUAUGGACUAGUGUCUUAUAAAAACAAAUUCACUUGUUUGUUUUAUGCUAGCUGUGAAUUGUUUGUGUAGAAUCAACUUAGGGAGUAGGAAGACUUUCACUAUUUGUGAGAUUUUUGGUGUAUUUGGCAGUGGUAUCAAUCCUAUGUACUGUAUCGAGAUCUCAUUUGGUAGAUAAGUCUUCAUCCAGGUCCAACUUCAGGUGGAGUGAGUGCUCUUAUUGAAUUUCCUACAUAUAGAAUAUGUCCUCUGGGAGAAGGGUUUGAACGUAGCCUUUCUGCAUGCAGGGUACUGUUUUAUAUGGAGCAGUAUUCCACCUGUAGGUUGAGGGCUUAGGUUUAUCAUCUUACUAAGAAUGAAGCCUUUUGUGUUUUUGAGGAUUUUUUGAGGAUUUUUUUAGGGAACCAGGAGGCGCUGUGGGUUAAACCACAGAGCCUAGGGCUUGCCGAUCAGAAGGUGGGUGGUUCGAAUCCCUGUGACGGGGUGAACUCCCGUUGCUCAGUCCCUGCUCCUGCCCACCUAGCAAUUCGAAAGCACAUCAAAGUGCAAGUAGAUAAAUAGGUGCCGCUCCGGCGGGAAGGUAAACGGCGUUUCCAUGCACUGCUCUGGUUUGCCAGAAGCAGCUUAGUCAUGCUGGCCACAUGACCCGGAAGCUGUACGCCGGCUCCCUCGGCCAGUAAAGUGAGAUGAGCGCCGCAACCCCAGAGUCAGUCACGACUGGACCGAAUGGUCAGGGGUCCCUUUACCCUUUACCUUUACCCUAAGUUUUGUUUAACAUCCAGUCUUCCUUCCUUCUGGGUAAUGUUGACUAUAUUGCAUGUGAUCAUUUCCUCUUCGUGACACACAGGAGAAUGGAUUUUGAUUACAUUGAUGCUUAAGGGCAAUAACAUUAGUGUUUCCACUACUGUGGGCACCAUUCCUUUACCCAGACUGGUGAAGGAGGGACUUUUUAUGCUCAGAAAGCAGUUGCCAACAUAUAACUACCAGCGUCUUCCACCUCUUUGCUGAUGGAUCUAGUUCUAGAAGACUGCUGACUCUUCAUAAACUUUCUCAGGAAAGCAAGUAAAAACUGGUAACGCUGUUGAAUGUUCCUUUUUUUCUUUCUAGGCCAAAGUCAAUAAUGCCAGCCUCAUUGGACUUGGCUACACUCAGACCUUACGACCUGGUAUGUAAACUGUGAAUGUAUUGAAUGCAUAGCUUAAUUUUGCUUGCAUCUUGGCUGUAGGACAAAAUGAGUUAGAAAAUUCCAGUGAUACUUCUAGGGCAUCAUGGGGUAGUGGGUCCAAACCCUGUAAAGAACAGUAUGCGCCACCUUAUUUUUGGAUUAUGCCUUGAGUAAAUCCUGCCACAAAGGGAAGCUAAUGUAGCCAGUGUGUGUCUAGAGAGAACAACUUGCCUGAGAAACCUCAGUGCAUGGGAGUCUUACCAAAGAAUUACCUUGAGAUCUAGCACACAUCUUGACAUCUAGAACCUUGAGUUCUCUCAGCUGCGAGUCUUCUCUUCUGACUUUCCCCCCUGUUCUCCCUUACUGGUUGAUAGUCUGCUGUAUUCUCUUAAUAAUGGCACUGUGUUUCUCCCAGGUGUGAAGUUGACUCUCUCUGCUCUGAUUGAUGGCAAGAAUUUCAGUACUGGCGGCCAUAAAAUUGGGCUGGGAUUUGAGCUCGAAGCUUAAUGUAGGUUUUAAUGAAGUAUUAGAUCUUUAUUUGGAAGAUGAAGGAGAAAACAAACCCCACAUGUUCUGGCCUUAAACUCUUCCGUGAAACUUCAAAAAGUGUGAACUUGAUAUUCUUCCAAAGAAUUGUUGUAACCCCCAACAUUUGAAGUCUGGAGAGUGCAAACCUACCAUGAAGGGCAAUACUUGAAGGCAUGCAUGGAAGUUGUAAUGGUUGUCCUACAUUUCAGUUCAGUUCCUCAGUUUCUUUAAAAUGUGUUCCUCAGAAGACAGCAUAGCAUCUGGUGAAAGGAAAUAAUCUCCCAUCCUUCUGUGUUCCUACAUCACAUCCUGCAUGUCCUGCACCUCACGACCUUUUGUAUAACUGGUCUCUGUGCUGUAGUGAAAGCUUUGGUUUUGCAUCAAAGUGGAAAUAAAUCAAAAUCACAUUUGGAAGUUAC